ACUAUUUUCAUUCAAUAGUCACUGAUUGCAAUCAUGAGAAAAUCUUCCAAGGGUUCAAAGGGGGAUCCCCGAAGUUGGAACAAGCUCCUGAAGGAGGUGCAGAAGGAGGUACAGAUGUUAAAGUGAAGCAGUCAAUGAGAUGAUGGAGAGGAUUAAACAUGGAGUGGUUCUGAGGCCUGUCAAGGGAGGAGACAUAAGAGAGUUGCCGUAAAACAACCUCCAGUAAUGGAAGAAAAGUUGCCACAGGAGAGUGCCAUGGAAGAACUGAAAGGCAUUCUGGAGACAGUGAAGAAGAGUCCCAGUCGGGGGUCUCAGGAGUCGGUCCCGUCCCCCCCAGGGAAGAGCCCUGUCAGCAGCGAGCUGGAGGUCAUCCUGAGGCGGAGACGUAAACAGGCCUGUGACUCUGGAGAUGGAGAUGAGAGCAGGGACGGACAAAUAAGCAAGGUCUCCUCCUCUGACAGCCUGAACGGGAGGCACAGCCAGAGCUCCCACAGCUCCGACAGCUCAGGCAAAGAGCCAGAGGGGCCUACAGGGCCAGGGCCUGGGCAGAGCCCCAGAGAGCCAGCCUCCCCCAGCGGAAGGGGCCCUGGCCCAGCCGUAGCAGCCAGGCGCAGGUCAGACUCUGGCCAAGAGCCUCAAGCAGGGUCCUGGCAGGACAGGAGGUCCCGUACUUCUUUGUCUGAGAAAGAGGCCUACUCCGAGGCGCCGGUAACCAAUGGAUGCAUUGUCAGUGGGGAGGAGCCUGAGAAUCAGAAGCCAGAGAAAUGGGCACCGCAGGGCAACGGAAUCAGCCACCUUAACCCGGGCCUGACUGUGGAGUCGGACACGCAUGCCACGCUCUCUCCCAGCCUCUCCGCAGUGCCCAACCCACUCAGCGGGAACGGGAGUACAGAUGCAGAGUGUUGAAGGUCGGCUCCAGAGGUCCCUGGGCAACCAGGAAGGCAGGCGUGCUGAGGAAAGCUGCACAAUUUGCACAGAAUCUCAGUUAUCUGCAGUUAGAGACACUUCAUUAAAAAAGCGUUAGGUUAUUUUAUUUGAUGCACAAACGAUCUCAAUCGGAUGUGUCUUUGUGUCAUCAUCUGAUGAAAUGCACUGUUUUAGAAUCCAACCUUUUUUAAUCAGUUAUUUCUCUUCUUCCUCCCCCUGUUAUAGUGAACAGGAUUUGAAUGAUACUUCUAAUCUACAGUAUAGCACAAACUUAUUUGAUGCAAGUUCUGCUUCUUCCUUACUUUUCCUGAAUCUAAAGAAGACACUAUCCUACUACCGUAAGACUUURAGUACGGUUACUGCUUACUUUAUGCKYCAGAAYCACCACCUAAACAUCGAUAAAGAACUAUGUUUACCAUCUGGGUCAUCAUUAGCAAAUAGGAUACAGAUAUUGCACAUUAUGAAGGUACUUUUGCUAUUUCAAAACUGUUUCAGUUUGUGAACUAUCUUUAAUGUGUAAUCGAUGCAACUACAGCGUAGGGAUACAAAUGAAAGCCAUGAGCAUGUUUCAAUCAAAAGUAGCCUACCAUCCUUGAGAAUUAGGUGCUUGUGUACUCAGUCUACCUCGUAUUAGACACACUUGCCUCUUGACUAUCCUAAAUUGUAUUUAACGGGGAAAAACAUGAUAUAUUAUCAUCUACAUGCAAUGGCACAACAUUUGUAAAUGUCUUCCACCUACAUUCCCAAGCUGUAUAAGGUGCUUUGUUCAUAUUUGCUGGUAUACUCCRAUUGUUUCAUUACGGCUGUAACCUGAUUUCGUCCUGUGUGUAUUCCCCACCUGUAUUAUGUUAGUAGGUAAUGCUUUCAGAUAUCUAGUACAACCUAAAACAACUGGAUUACAGAGGUUACAAACUUAACUGAUACAGCAACUUAAUCUAAGAAGUAAAUACAUUUGAAGGCUAAUAGGACAGUCACUCUCACACCCAUCAUGACAUUGUAAAUGUUUUCUUAAAAAUAUAGAAACAACAUUGAGAGCAUUGACUCUAUUUUAAGUCAUUUCUAUGAAGCCUUCUUUCAUGUUUUCCAGGUGCAAUUAUUUACUAAGUCUUAAACCUAUCACCAUUUUCUCAAUUCCAUUUUUAUUUUAUCAAGCAAGCAGCUGAUGAAAAAGGAAAUAACUGGACUGAGUUUGUGUGAAUCUUGAUAUUGUGUGUGUUUGGGAUUUGAAAAUGAAGUGUUAUGUUUUUUUUUUWAACAUUUACAUUGAUGUUCWUUUUUCAAUUGUAUGAAAUAAAAUUACCCAAUAAAAACAACAAGACUUGUACUUGUA